CACUUUCUUAUUUCUCUGCAACUUCCAAAAAAAGGAAAAAAAAAAAAGAAGAAUGGAGCUACCUGUGAUAGAUCUGGAGCCGUACUUGAAGAUCACCAGCCAACUCGGUGGUGACUCCGCCAAGGAAGCGGCUAACAUCGAGGCCGGAUUCGAUAAGUUGUGCGGCGAGGUGAGUCGUGUGCUCAAGGAAACUGGGGCACUGCUGGUCAAUGAUCCAAGAUGUACGGCGGAGGACAAUGAUCGGUUCCUUGACAUGAUGAAGAAAAAAUUGGUGUUGGGGAUUAAGUCAGCGGCAUGGGAUUGUGUUUGAAAAAUUAAAGGAAUCGGAGGAGU